CGUUCUGCCUGUGAAGAGCUGCCAGUAACUGUUGUAUCCGAGUGCGAAGUGGCAGAACACCUACGUUGUGAUUUCUGUAUCAUGUUGCAGGAAGGCAGUGGUGGAGUGGCGGAACCGAAAUUCAUACGCGGAGUCCACUUUUCUACGGGGGAACAGGUGAAGCCACAAAAUUGUUUCAUACUAGAGGUUGAUGGAGAAAAGCACGGCAACAGGGUGUUGAAGCGGUCUUCUUCGACGUCUGUGGUGGCUGAACCCUCUGUAGUCGACAAACUUCCAACUGGCAGUACUCUCUUACGAAACCAGAUUUUCCGCAACUUGGGGUACUCGUUCUACGUGGUUUCCCACGCCAUGUGGACAGCUAUGGGGAAGGAUUUAGGCGAAAGUGGACGCAUAGAGUGGCUCCGAAAACUGGUGCAAAAGAAACUAAAGUUAGCAUUGGGCGGAACAACUUCAGAAAAUAAGCGGACGCGGGAACAAGAUGGAGAGACCAAGAGCGUAGUGGAUGAUGGAAAUCCUGUCGGAAAAAAACGGAAGAAAGAGACGAAGAUAAGUGAUGAAACUGUUGCAUGAAUGGUCAAGGACAAGGACAGGAGUAUGUACUUGCAUCAAGUCUCUCUCAAGACGUGCAUCUUAGCUCUCGCUUGUGCGUUGUGGACUAAGAGCCACGCAUACGUACCAAGUAGUGCGCCCUACCUGAAAAUGCACGCGCUAAUACCAAAUCCCUCGGAAUAAUUCCUUUCUUAUUCCUUCCCCAGACAAACUCAAGCGACAACGACAUAUGACGACAGAAUGAAAUUUAAGUUGGCA